GGGCUCGCGUUUGGCAGGUUUGUGGCUGAGAAUAUGCUAAACGCUCUGUCAUUGGCUGCUUCCGAGUAAACAGUGCUUUGGCAUAGCAAUUGAUAUCCUACAGCUGGAAGGUAGUGUUUGUCACACAAAGUGAGAGGGCUUAGAAAGUGAACGAAAGCUUAAUGUAGGGUCUCAAAAGGAGGGAUACCGAGGUUGUUUAUUUUUUUAAAGAGAGGUAUAGACCAAAGCUAAACUAUUAGAUUGCCAAAAUGCUUUGCCAUGUUACCCGUCCGGAUUCGGUGGUUAUGGAAGUGGAAGUUGAUACCAAGGCGAAUGGUGAAGACUGUCUGAAUAAGGUGUGUAGGAAGUUGGGAAUCCUAGAGGUGGACUACUUUGGACUGCAGUUCUCAGGCAAUAAAGGAGAGAACCUGUGGCUCAACCUCAGGAACAGAAUCUGUCAGCAGGUGGACAAUCUGACUCCCUGCCGACUCCGGCUUCGAGUCAAGUUCUUUGUGGGACCACAUCUCAUACUCCAGGAACAGACGAGACAUGUGUUCUUCAUGCAGGUCAAGGAGAACCUCCACAGCGGCCACCUGAGGAUGUGUUCGGAGCAGGCUGAGGAGCUGAGUGCCCUGCUGGCCCAAGCUGAGUUCAGAGACUACAACCAGAACACAGCCAAGUACUGGUACUCUGAGCUAUGUGGGAGCGAACCCUGCCCGGCAACAGUCAACAGUAUCAUCUCUAAGCACAAGGCGUUGGAGGGUCAGAGCCCGGGUUCGGUGGAGUACCAGGCCCUGCAGCUGGUGUCCAGCCUGGAGCACUACGGGGUGGAGUGGCACUGGGCCAGGGACGCAGAGGGACAGAGGCUGGCCAUAGGGGUUGGCCCUGAAGGUAUCGCUGUCUGUAAAGAGGACUUCAGCCUAGUCAACAGGAUCAGCUAUCCCAUAAUCCAAACAGCCACCCAGUCAGGGAAGAGUGUUUACCUGACGGUGACCAAGGAUACCAGCGAUAGUGUGGUUCUGCUAUUCAAGCUGAUCAGCAACCGGGCAGCAAGCGGACUGUACCGGGCCAUCACUGAGACACACGCCUUUUACAGGUGUGACACGGUGACCAGCGCGGUGAUGAUGCAGUACAGCCGUGACUUCAAGGGUCACCUGGCGUCUCUCUUCCUCAAUGAGAACAUCAACCUGGGCAAGAAGUACGUCUUUGACAUCCGACGCACCUCCAAGGAGGUCUACGACUACGCACGCCGGACGCUCUACAAUGCCGGAAUCAUGGCGGCGGUUGGCGAGACGACGCCAUCGGGGCUCAGUCCACUGCGUGGGCAGGAGGAGGGGCUGGGAGAGGACUGUGGGAGCUGUCAGCAGAGCAGGGCGCUGCUGGAGAGACUAGAGAAACUCAGAGAAGCUCUGCUGUGUAUGUUGUGCUGUGUGGAGGAGAUCGACUCAGCCUUCUGCCCCUGCGGACACAUGGUGUGCUGCCAGACCUGCGCCAACCAACUACAGUCGUGUCCGGUGUGUCGGUCGGAGGUGGAACACGUGCAGCAUGUCUACCUCCCCACCUGCACCAGUCUCCUGAACUUCACCACCACCACCUCUCACCAUGGCGACGACAGCCCCGGCCCCAUCCACAGAGCUAUGUGUGGUCUAGGACACACCUGCCACACCAAGGACAACUGCAACACCAACACCCGACACGACUCCAACAACAUCUACCACACAGAGACAUAGAACCACUUCACCACUCCCAGGCUGUGUACCAAAUGGCUCCCUGGCACUACAUGGGGAAUCGGGUGCAAUUUGGGAAGCAGCCCAGUCCAGUUCCAACAGCAUUGGGUUCUGUUGGGUUGUUUUCACCGUGCCACUCUCCCUGACGGUGGUAUUUUCUCCACUCCCCACUGUAAAUUAUAUGGAUUAUUUUUAAACCAAUGAUCGACUUGGGAUUUUUUUAAUACCUCCCCUCCCUUUUAGAUUUAGGUUUAUUGCGUAUUAUUUAGUUUUAAUCUCAUUUCAUCAGUUGAUCUGAUCUGAAUUAGUGGCGCUAUUUUGAUUUAUUUCACCAUUUUUGGUUGUGUUGUUUUUUUCUCCAUAUUUGGUCUACAGAACGUGGAUGAUGUAUUGGGCUCAUAACCUGCAGCGUUUGUACAAGACGAGGACAUUCUGUGUUCUAGGAGAGUACUAGGCAACCUGGACAUUCUGUGUUCUAGGAGAGUACUAGGCAACCUGGACAUUCUGUGUUCUAGGAGAGUACUAGACAACCUGGACAUUCUGUGUUCUAGGAGAGUACUAGGCAACCUGGACAUUCUUUGUUCUAGGAGAGUACUAGGCAACCUGGACAUUCUGUGUUCUAGGAGAGUACUAGGCAACCUGGACAUUCUGUGUUCUAGGAGAGUACUAGGCAACCUGGACAUUCUGUGUUCUAGGAGAGUACUAGGCAACCUGGACAUUCUGCGUUCUAGGAGAGUACUAGGCAACCUGGACAUUCUGUGUUCUAGGAGAGUACUAGGCAACCUGGACAUUCUGUGUUCUAGGAGAGUACUAGGCAACUUGGACAUUCUGUGUUCUAGGAGAGUACUAGGCAACCUGGACAUUCUGUGUUCUAGGAGAGUACUAGGCAACCUGGACAUUCUGUGUUCUAGGAGAGUACUAGGCAACCUGGACAUUCUGUGUUCUAGGAGAGUACUAGGCAACCUGGACAUUCUGUGUUCUAGGAGAGUACUAGGCAACCUGGACAUUCUGUGUUCUAGGAGAGUACUAGGCAACCUGGACAUUCUGUGUUCUAGGAGAGUACUAGGCAACCUGGACAUUCUGUGUUCUAGGAGAGUACUAGGCAACCUGGACAUUCUGUGUUCUAGGAGAGUACUAGGCAACGUAGUCAUUCAGUUUUAAACGUUUCUUUUAAGCUUUGAGAAUCUCAUUUCAUGUUUCUAAUGGAGGGAAAUGCAUUUCAUUUUUGUUGUUCGUUUCCUGUUAAGUUGUUUGUUUUCCAUGUAGUUCCUAUGGUUUCCAUGCCAACGAGAAGGUAUUUGAGGGGUAGGAAGCACAGCAUUCUGAUUUAGAGAUGGAAUGCAUCCCAAAUGACAUGCUAUUCCUUAUAUGUUGUGCACUACUUUGGGCUCUGGUCAAAAGUAGUGCACUAUAUAGGGAAUAGCAUGUCAUUUGGGAUGC